AUGGAUAAUACUGAGCUAUUUGGUGGAUCCCAGAUCCCUGAUCGAGAUGUGCACAAACAGUACCAGGCAUGGGCAGAGAAAUACGGGCCGGUGUUCAGCUUGAUGCUAGGACCGCAGCCUAUGGUUGUUCUUUCUGGUGAUGUCGCCGUCAAAGAAGUCUUGGACAGACGCGCCGCAGUGACUAACGAAAGAGGCGAUCACUAUGUUGGUCACCAAAUCUUAGGUGGUGGUGAACAUAUGCUUCUGAUGCCUAAUGGACCAAAGUGGCGUCUGCAGAGGAAGUUGAUGCAGAAGAUGCUGAAUGUCUCCGUCGCUCGGAGUUAUUUACCAUAUACAAUGCUUGAGAAUAAGCAGAUGGUGUUUGACUUGCUCAUGAAUCCGGAUGAUUUCAUCUAUGUCCUCAAACGUGUCGAAGAGAUGACAACAAUCAUGCAAUCAAGCACCUCGGCGUUGGCUGACCUCUUCCCGACGCUACGACGGCUGCCAAGUUGGAUGCUGCCAACAAUGGCCCGGGCAAGUACAUGGCACCGUAAUACGACCGAUUUCUACCUUGGACUGUGGAACGAGACGAAAUCAGAGCUUCAAGAAGGACGAGCUAAGCCCUGCUUUGCUGUGGACCUAUUGCUCGAACAGGAGAAGGAAGGAUUUUCUGACAAGUUUGGCGCGUUCCUCUGUGGGGCAGCCUUGGAAGCUGGGACUGAUACUACUGCAAAUGAGCUGAUUGGCUUUGUGCAGGCCAUGGUCCUUUUCCCAGAAGUGCAGAAGAAGGCCCAGGCCGAACUUGACAGGGUCAUUGGCGAUCGGAUACCGACAUUUGAAGAUUACGACCAUCUCCCGUACACUCACAGCUGUGUCAAGGAAACCCUUCGUUGGAUGCCGACUGCAGUCAUGGGAGCGGCACCACAUACAGCGAAAGAAGAUAUUCAGUAUCAGGGCUACACUAUACCCAAAGGUGCCCUGCUGAUAAAUAAUGUGUACACGAUCCACAGAGAUCCCAACCGCCACACAAACCCGGACAGCUUUGUCCCAGAACGCUAUUUGAACGACAGCAAGAGCGCUGCAGAGUCAGCUCAGAGUGCAGACGUCAGCGAAAGAGACCACUUCACCUUCGGCGUUGGUCGACGCCUCUGUGCCGGUAUACACGUCGCAGAGCAGUCUCUUUUCCUCGGUAUAGCCAGGAUUCUUUGGGCAUUCAACAUCACACCGAAGCACGACCCAAUCACAAAGCAGCCCCUGCUUCCACAGUCAGACAGAUAUACGCCAGCUGUGGUCUGCAUGCCGGAGCCUUUCCAAGCUACAGUUGAGCCGCGUUCUCAAUGGCGAGCUGACAAAGUAGUAUCAGAAUGGACUGAAGCGGAAAACCUCCUGGACGAGAAUUCGCAAUGGAAAGUGGUUGGCGAAGGGCUGAGAUUCACCAAAGUCUAG